AUGCUACUUCCGAUAAUCAAAGAUUGUCUACCCGAUGGUGAAAAGCUACCUCGAAACUUUUAUGAGACGAAGAAAAUGUUAAAGCCACUAGAGUUGCCAUCACAACAAAUUCAUGUUUGUAAAAACCAUUGCAUGCUAUUCAAUGGACAAUUUUCUGAUCUGGAUCAUUGUAUAGUAUGUAAUGAGAAUAGAUACAAGAGAAGAGGGAACAAAGUGCCUGAGUUGGUGAUGACUUACAUGCCUAUUGGACCAAGACUUCAAAGAUUGUUCUAUUCAAAGAAGACUGCUGAGCAUAUGACUUGGCACGCACUUCAUCACACACAACCGGAAAAGAUGAGUCAUCCUAGUGAAGGUCGGGCUUGGAACCAUUUUGACUCGCUUUAUCCUGAUUUUGCACAUGAGACACGCAAUGUUCGCAUAGGGUUGUGUACCGACGGGUUCAGUUUAAACAAUUCAAACGGGGCCACGUAUUCAUGUUGGCCCGUGUUUAUUACAGUCUACAACCUACCUCCUUGGUUGGCCUUAAAAAAGGAGUACAUACAAAUGCCUGUGCUCAUUCCUGGUCCGAAGAAUCCUACACACAAUCUCGAUGUUUUUCUACAACCUUUGGUAGAAGAGCUGAAAUUGUUGUUUAUAGAGGGCAUUGAAACUUAUGACGCUUAUCGAAUGAAUAAUUUCCAAAUGAAAGUCGUACUACUAUGGACAAUUAGUGACUUCCCUGCUUAUGCAAUGUUAUCUGGAUGGAGCACACAUGGAAAGUUAGCUUGUCCUUAUUGCUCGGAUAAAGCAGGUUCAUUCCAACUUCAAUUUGGAGGCAAACCGUGUUGGUUUGACUGUCAUAGACAACAUCUUCCAGAAAGACACAAUUUCAGGAAAGAUAGGGUUAACUUUCUGAAAGAUGUAAUUGUGAGGGACGUAAAAUCUAUUCCGGAGCCAACCGGAGAGGAAAUAUGGCAGAUUGUCCGACAUAUCCCGACCGUUUACGAAGGUAGCCCUUAUCGUAAAGAAAAUGAAAAACCCGAUGGUUUCGGGGAGACACAUAAUUGGGUAAAGAGAAGCAUUUUUUGGGAACUUCCAUAUUGGCGUAAAUUGUUGAUCCGACACAACCUCGACGUAAUGCAUAUUGAGAAGAAUAUAUUCGAUAAUCUAUUUCACACAAUUAUGGGCACCAACAAAUCAAAAGACAAUAUAAAGGCAAGGAAAGAUAUUGAGCUUCUUUGUGACCGACCUCUUUUAAACAUCAUCCAUGGUAAUAACGGGAAGAUGACCAAAAAUAGGGGAGAUUACACUCUUCAGAAAUGCGACGUUAAACGAGUUUGUGCAUGGAUGAAAGAGCUUAAGUUUCCGGAUGGGUAUGCGUCAAAUAUUGGGAACCGUGUUAACAUAAAGGAUAACGUUUUUUAUAGUUUCAAAAGCCAUGAUUGUCACGUGUUUCUGCAACGGUUGCUUCCACUUGCUAUCAGAGGGUUUGUUUCAAAUGAUAUAUACGAGGCAGUCACAGAGUUGUGCAUGUUUUUUCGGGUCUUAUGCUCGAAAACAUUGCAUCUGGAUGACUUGUAUAAAAUGAAGUGCACUAUUGUUCAAACUGUCUGCAAGCUGGAGAGAAUAUUCCCUCCUAGUUUCUUUGAUUCUAUGGAACACCUAGUCAUUCAUCUAGCUGAUGAAGCUUUUCUUGGUGGUCCGGUGCAAUAUAGAUGGAUGUAUCAAUACGAGAGGAAACUAGGCUUGAUCAAACGAAGAAUUAGAAACAAAGCAAGGGUUGAGGGUUCAAUUGUUAGGGAGCACUUAGUGAAUGAACUAGCUACCUACUGUUCUCUAUACUUUGCCUCGACGACUGAGACAAGCCAUAACCGAGAGCCGCAAAAUUUCGCACCAGAACAUUGUUUCUCUUCGAGUGUAGACACUCAACUAAGUGUUUUUGUUUUUCCAUCUAGAAGAUUAUACGAAAAGGGUGGCAAGCAAAGAAUCCUAACACCGAUUGAACAUCACAAAGCGCACACAUAUGUUCUACUAAACUGUGAAGAAGUUACCCCUUAUGUCAUUGAGUUUGAUAGAGUGGCGCCACGACUAUAUCCAAAUGAGCGGGCUUCAGAUCUGAGAGAUAAAUACUUUGCUGACUGGUUUAGUACUUGUGUAAUGACGGGCUCAUUUGGUGGAUACGCUAAACAUUUGGAAGUUUUAGCAAGGAAACCAUCGCAUUAUGCCCUGUCUCACAAUGGGUAUUUUGUAAAUGGUUAUACGUUUCAUACCCGAGAAUAUGCUAAGGGACGUGUGACCAAUAACAGUGGUGUAUGCGUAAGAGGGGAGGCUUAUAACUCCCAAGAGUGUGACUACUACGGCUUAUUGGACGAGAUCCUAGAGCUUCAAUAUUAUGGAAACGGGCGUUCAACUUUUGUGUUGUUCUAUUGCUCUUGGUUUGAUGUCGAACGUGGUGUAGUAGUUAAUAAAAAUAAACUUGUUGAUGUGAAAUCCAAGUCCAGGCUUCUCAUUAAUGACCCGUUUGUUCUGGCAUCACAAGCGGAACAGGUGUUUUAUACAUCAUACCCCUCCGUGAAAAGUGAUAUAAAAGAUUUAUGGGCGGUUGUCAAGACAAAAGCCCGACACAUAUAUGAAGUCUCUGAAACUGUAAAUCAAGUCACAAACGAUGGAAACAUGGAAGAGCAUGGGGUCCUUCAGAUUGAUGAACGGUUUGAAUUACCAGAUAUAGUAACACGGAGUGAACGUUUGUGUCUUGUAACAAAUACCAAUACGGCAACAGAAACGAUUAAUGAAGAGGAUGAAGGAUUUGAAGAGGAAGAAUUUGAAGAUACAGAAAAUACAUCUGAUGAUGAAGAAAUGGUCUUAGCUGUGCUAUCAUAUAUUAUGACUGGUCGUGGACGUGUCCCUCCCCCGGGAGAUGUAUCAUCUGGUCGUGGGCGUGGGCGUGGGCGCACAUCUGACUCCAGACAUGGACGUGGGCGGGCAUCACACUCGGGUGGUGGACGUGGGAGUGCAUCGGACUCCGGUAUUGGACGUGGACGGGCAUCGGACUCUGGUGUUGGACGUGGACGGGGAUUGGACUCCGGUGCUGGACGUGGGCGGGCAACGGACUCCGGUGCUGGACGUGGGCGGGCAUCGGACUCCGGUAUUGGACCUGAGCGAGCAUCAAACUCUGGUCGUGGUAAUGGACGCGUCCACACUAUAGAGUUGAGUCCUGGGGGUAUUUCGACAUCAGCACAGGGAGGAGUUUCAACAUGA